AAUCACAACUGAACCUGCAUCUAGUGCACUACCUCUGCCUAACUUAGUUAGAGCCGCCUCGAAUUUCGAAAACACGCCCUCCGCGCAGACUCUAUCAUGGCGGAGCUGCAGAAAGAAGAGAGUAUGCAACUGCACGAAGAGUACGCUGACGAUAACAGUGGUUCAACAGCAGGUGAAGCAAAGGCAGAUCAUAAGGAAUCAAACAUUCAGCAGUGUGAUGAAGGAAAGGAAAAGACAGAGCAAGCAGAGGAUGCAACCAACGAAGAUCCCAAGGACAAAACAGGUGCCUCCACAUCAUCCACAGCUGCAGCAGAGAAACACAUUUCCAUUCAGGCUCAGUUGACAGACCUAGAGAAUCUGACGGAUCUAAAUGAAACUGGUAAGAAGUUAUGCCCUCUGUGCUCUGAAGAGAAGUUUAAAGCCUGCUACAAUCACAAACUACGACGUCACUUACAGAAUCUGCACUGGAAAGUCUCAGUGGAGUUUGAAGGACACAGAAUGUGCAUCUGUCAUCUGCCUUGCCGGCAACUGAAACCCAGCCUUAAUGGAGACCAGUGUUCAAGUCGACUAGGAGCACAUUACCACUGCAUUGUGUGCUCAGCCACCAUCGCUCGCAGAACUGACAUGAUCAGCCACCUUAAACGGCAUGUGAACAAGGGGGAGACCGAGGCCAGUUACACAGGAGGUCCAGACUUUUCAACAGAAACAAAAGUUUCUGCCAAACAGUCCUGUGAAAUAUUGAAAGAAUCAGACACCAACGUCCAGGUCCUUCCAAACUACAGCACUCCACAAAAGAGCGACUCCUACUUCAGCCGCAAAAUGAAAACAAACAGACAGUUGGUAUUCUGUGCCCUGGCAGUUCUGGCAGAGGAACGCACUCCUCUGGAGUGUCUUGAUGCUUUUGGAGCCACAGGAAUCAUGGGGCUGCAGUGGGCACAGCACCUGUGCAGCGCGGUGAAAGUCACCAUCAAUGACAUCAAUGAAACAUCUGUGAAGAUGAUCCGUGAAAACUGCCACCUGAACCACAUGAGGGUGCAAGGGGAAAACGAUAACAGCGAGGGAGAGGAGCUUGACGAGGAGCCACUCUCCACCAUCGAGGUCACCAAGAUGGAUGCCAACGUCCUGAUGCACCUUCGUGCCUUUGACUUCAUACACCUGGACCCGUAUGGAACGGCAGUCAAUUACCUGGAUGCAGCGUUCAGAAACGUCCGGAAUCUGGGAAUUGUGUCAGUGACAUCCACAGACACCAGCUCUCUCUACUCCAAAACUCUGAAUGUGACGCUGAGACACUACUCCUGUCACAUCGUCAGGACAGAGUACUACAAAGAGCUUGCCGCCAGAAUGGUCAUAGCCACUGUGGCAAGGGCUGCGGCACGCUGUAAUAAGGGCAUCAAGGUGCUGCUGGCAGUGGCCCUGGAGCACUUUGUCCUGGUGAUGGUGCAGGUGCUGAGAGGACCCACGCAGGCUGACGAAUUGCCCAAAAAAAUUCAGCAGCUUAUCCAUUGCCAGUGGUGUGAGGAAAGAGUCUUCCUAAAGGAGGGCAGCAUGGUGGAGGAAAACCUGUACAGACAGCUACCAUGUGACUGCCACGGGAGUAUGCCAGGCAAGACUGCAGUGGAACUGGGGCCUCUGUGGUCAGGUUCUCUGUUUAAUACUGGGUUUCUGAGAAGGAUGUUGUUUGAAGCUGUGCAGCAUGGGAUGGAUGAGAUCCAGCCACUAGUGAAGUCGCUGAUCUGUGAAUCAGAGUGCACAACGCUGAAACAAUUCUCAGUCCCUGGGCUUGCCAGGAACGUCCGCCAAGAAUGUGGUGUAGUCAUUAAAACCUCAGAAAAAGAGGAAGAUGUAUCAAGUGAUGAGCAGUCUCUGGGGACAGGAAAGAGGAAGAUGCAGGAAGGAGCAGGAAACGUGUUGAAGAGACAGAAAUCUGACGUGCCAGUGGAGCAUCCAGCCUUCUAUUACAGCAUUCACCGUCACAGCAUCCGGGGAAUGAACAUGCCAAAGUUAAAUAAAUUCCUGCAGUACCUGACAGAGGCUGGGUUCCGAGUGAGUCGGACCCAUUUUGAUCCGACAGGAGUCCGCACAGAUGCCACUCUGGCCCAGUUCAAGUCUGUUCUCACCAAGUACAGUGUGCCGACCUACACCGCUGUCCAGACAGGGGACCAUAGCCAUGCCUCAGAUGAAGUCAAGUUGGACAUGGAGUUUGCUAAUCCAUGAAAAUGCUGAACUGUUGCUAAACCUCAGAUUAAUUGAUUACUAGCUCUAGCUGGGAUUUUGACUGUGAAACUUGCUUCAAAGGGUCAGAUUAAGCAAGUUUGCUGUCUGUAUCUGUGCUUAUAAACUAGACUUCUGAUCUGGUGUCUGAAAAGUUAUACCAUGCUCUACUCUUCUGAUAAAUAUUAAAGCUGAUGAGAAUGCAAUAUCGGGCAUUGCCCAAGCAUUCAAAUAAAAUGGUAAAAGGAUUGUUUAAGCUAUGUGCACAAAACUGACACCUGGUACUUUUAGGACAGAAUAUUAGAUGGGUGUGUGAACAUUUCAAGGCUUAAUUACCUAUUCCCUUCCAUAUUUCUUUUCAGAAUAAUUGACUUCAUUUUGUAAUAAUUUGUUAAGAUUUGUCACCAUGGCCUGAUUAUCUGAAUAUAUCUGUUGUCUUGCCAGGACCACCUUGUGAGUUUUUACAGAAUAAAAUUGCCUGACAGUUACAUACAUUGUUAUUUUUCAACAAUGUAUUUUUGGGCCUAAAAGGAAUUCCUGUAAAUUGAUGCUUGCUUGAAAGUAGAUUUAAUCAUUUGUAUGUUCCUGUGUUUUCAUAAUCUUUUACAUGAAAGUAAUUGAUCCAAUGCUACAGUGAGGUAUUCCAGUGUAGGGAUUAACCUCCAAAGCCCCAUAGCUCUGGUAUCAUGUCUGCAUUCCAUUGCCUUGCUCUUGAGCGAUUUAAUGUUUUCUUACAGUUACACAACAUGCUUGAAAAGGCACCUGAAAUGUUCUGAGCGGUAGUAACAAUAUGUUUGUAUUUCCUAGAGAACAGUUUUUUUUCUGUAAUUUAAAGUGUAUCACAGUCUAGUCUGGUCUAGCCUCACAGUUGCAUGUUUUUUUUUUUUUAAUAAACUAGGAUGUAUGUCUUCA